AUGCGCGAGGCGCGCCCCAGCUCCUCAGCUGGCAGGGAGCAGCAGCUGGAGCCGCAGCGGUGCGGCCCGGCCCCGCAGCAGCAGCAGACCCAGGAGGCCACCCAGCGUGUGUCACUCCACUAUGGCGCUGCGCAAUUGGACGCGUUUUUGGAGGCGGUUUACGCGCGGCGCGUGCGCAUCACGCCCGGCUCAGUUGGUUGGCUGAUGGAGAUGGGCGGGUACCUGGAGUGCCCACUCAUAACGUCGGCCUGCUGCCAGUACCUGCGCUCCGCGCUGGCGCCCCCCAGCUGUGUGGACGUGCUGCUGAUGGCCCACCAGUACCACUGCGGCCAGCUGCGGCGCGACGCGCUGUCGUUCCUGUGCGCGCGGCUGCCGAGCCUGCUGCAGUCUGAGUGGCGGCCGUCCCUGGCGAGGCUGCCGCGGGAGCUGCUGGUGGAGCUGCUGGGCAGCGAGGAGCUCGUGGUCGAGUCG